AUGGCUUUCUAUCCCAUCCCCUUCAUUUGUAGUGCUGCUCCCUACAUCUCUCCAUACUCGUUCAUUCGUAGUGCUUCUCCCUACAUCUCUCCAUACUCUAGUAGCUCCAACAGCUCCUCGACUAGCGAUUCGCUUAGUCUCCUCAAUGGACCAGAGAGACCCGUCAAACAUCCCAAUCAGUUCCCCACCGACGAAGAGUCUGCAGUGGUUCAUCAGAAUCAUCAACAUUAUUCCACUUUGUAUGAGCAAUUCCUCGACCCCGAGCUGUUCAUCUCUCCCCCCGCACACACCUACUCCGCGCUCAUCCUCCCCCAACUCCGCACUCUUAUCCGAGACAUCGAGUCUACUGCGGAUACACAUUUGAUGCAACAUCUCCCCCACCUCCACUUCCUCCUCGGCCUCCUCUCGCCCCUCCCCGACUUCGGCCUCAUUGACCACAACCUCCCCGCGUUCCGAGCACACGUCGCAACCCACUUCUCCACCGCUCGCACCCAGGAAGAAGACCAUUACCACCCUCUGCUUGCCAUCCAGCCCGAGCCGGAAUUAAGAAUGGUCUUCAGAAUCUUCGAUGCGCGCUACAAUUAUGACUUUCCCCGUCGCGCAGCCUGUCUUAUCUACCCUGGUGAUUGUAAGCAUCAGCCUACUGAAGAAAUGGUCAGUGAGGGGGGUGUGGAUGGGGAUAGCGGGGAUUCUGCGCUGGUUUACAGACAGGGAUGGGGUAUGCAACCAAAGUAUAUUGUCACUGCUUCUUAUGCGGGGGAUGUGGGUGUACAAUAUCCAGUGUAUCAUUUUUGA